GAGGCUGAGGGCUUCAAAGAGCAAGGAAAUGCGUGCUAUGUCAAGAAGGAUUAUUCUGAGGCAUUUAACUACUACACAAAGGCCAUUGGUGAGAAUGCAACACUAUCUUUGUACCCUAGUUUAAAACAAAACAUGCUAGCCCGUAGCGUAGAGAGCAACCAUGUAGGGACCUUUUUGAAGGAUUCUCAAAUUAUAUAUUUUGUAUUUAACUGGAUCGUUAGAGACAAUUCUCAUUGACGACCAGUUUGUAAAUUCAGCUAAUACUAUUUUAUUUAGCUAUUCAGACAUGGUGAUAUGUUUCUCUGGAAUUGUAGACUGUUGUUUCAAGGUGAUUGACAAAGGCGUUACCUUUUUGUUUUUGACAGACGCAUGUCCUAAAAACGCCAGUUACUAUGGAAACCGGGCGGCCACCCUCAUGAUGCUGUGCCGCUUCCGAGAGGCCCUGGAGGACUCCCAGCAGGCCGUGCGGCUGGACGACUGUUUCAUGAAGGUCAGAGUUCAGCCAGCUUGCUUCAGCGGCGUGACGCCAUUGUAGAGUAUAGGGUUGUCGCGAUACCAGUAUUACAAUACUACAUUUUCCUACUCUUGAGUCCUUUAAGAACCUACUUUAUGUAAAAUAUGAUGUGCUGUAACUUGGAAAAUAAACAAUUUUGGCUGUUUCCAAUUAGGACUGUUUUCCUCAAGAAAUUGAGACUGCUUCAUGUUUUGUUUCCUUGACAUGAUACUUCUGAGUAUUACAAUUAGAGCCCGACCGAUAAAUCUUUUUGCCGAUAUUAUCGGCUGAUGUUGGCCUUUCACAGAUAUGUGUUGGUCUUCCGUUUUUAAAACGCCGAUUAUUGUACAUGAAUGAACAAAAAAAUCCGCUAAUCUGAGCAUUUUCUGAAAUUUUUGUAUAAUUUUUCCAUGUUUGCCCUGAAGAGGGCUCUCAAAGUUUAUAUAAGCCUCUCACUGAACGUCAUUCAGUAGGCAGCUGAUGGCAAAGGGUUAAUUCUGAACAGUAGUAGGUAUGCUGGGUUGACGAUGCCACCGCAUUUGAAAAAGUAAUUAAUCAAAAGUAAAUCAAACUGGCUAUGUACACUUCACCCAAGCAAGUAGUCCUGUCCUCAUCACAUUUUCUCACUUCGCGAACAUUAGCCGGCUAGCUAGCUAGCUAGCUAGCAAGUUAUUUUAGCUAGCAGGCUGUGCUGCUAAUGCGAUAGCUAACUAGACUGGUGGCGAAAGUUAUACAGUAACACUAGUUGCAGCUAUUGUCUGCCUACUGUGUGUUGGGUUAGUUUUCUUUUUGAUCUGCAAAAAACAAGACACCCCCGCUGAUCUGUCAUUCAGGCCAUGUGCUGAUGAUGUGAUUUAGAUUGUUACUUGCUAGAACGAGUUGUGGCACAAAUGAGUGCGGCAAGCAUAAACGUUGUCGCGCUUGCCAUACAGAGUUGAAAUAUCUAGCUAAUACAUUUUGUAUUGAAUAACAUUGCUUGUGCUGUAAUGAUUUGAGACUUAGGCUUUGGUUAAAGAUCAGUAUAAAUGCUUUAAAGUUUAGAUGAUAGUGUAGACUUUAGAAGAAGAGCGAUGACUAUCUGGUGAUGAUUCGGAUACAAUGUUGUCAUCUCACUGCCUGUUCUUAAAGCGGCAGUACAACAUUACAAGUGCAAUUUCAUAUUUACAUUGAGAUUACAUUUAUUAAUUCAGCCAGGGCAUCUACCUACUGUACACUGCAGAUGGUCCCUCCCAUAGAGAUUCUAAUAAUUUUUAUAGUAUUCUAAUUACAUUUAGCAGAUGAUCAUAUCCAGAGCGACUUACAGUUAGUGCAUUCAUCAACAACCAUAUAUCUCAGUCAUAGUAAGGACAGUUUUUCUCAAAGUAUCUCAGCAAAGUCUGUGCUAGUAGGGGGGGUGGGGAAGUCAAGUGUGAGUGUUAGUUCCCAAUGGUCCCUCCCCUGUCUGUUUUGAGUGCUUUGUAAUUGGCUUUAUAUUCCUAGAGGAUAACUUUAGUUAAAUCAGUUUUGCAUAGGCCUACAAAAAAUCUAUAUCAUUGUUCACACCUUAUUCAUGUCUAGUAAGUAGUUGCAGAUUUGUAGUUAUUCACCAUGUAAACUAUGAAAUGUAUAGUAAUGUUCUUAAUGUUAAUUUAAAAGGUUUGUGGCUAAAAUGUCAGAAAUCAUCGUUUUAAAGUAGUCAAUUGCAGCAGAAUUUCUGCACAAAGCUCUACUUUUCAUUCCAGCAAUAAAAAAUCCAAUACUUUUGGCAGAUAUAUCGGUAAUUGGCACAUUUUUUAAACCGGAAUUGGUAUUGGAUCCAGAAAUCCGUUAUCGGUUGGGCUCUAAUGAUGAUACUGGUAUCGUGAAAACCCUAUGUGGAGCACACCAACCCUUUGUAGUCAUCCAGCAGCUUUAACCAGGAAGUAUCUUCCCACCCACUGCACCACAGGGCCAUCUGCGAGAGGGCAAGUGCCACUUGUCGUUGGGCAAUGCCAUGGCAGCCAGCCGCUGCUUUCAGAAGGUCCUGGAACUGGAGCCAAGCAACAGCCAGGCGCAGCAG